CUUUACAAUCACUUUGGUUUGUUAUUCUGAUUGACAAGCUUUAUAAACAGUGGUACUUUGCCUUUGCUUUUCGAAACAAGUUCCAGCCAUGCAGUAAGCCUAGCUGAUCUACCAUACUGUCAUGAUAUGAUGAAUUGCAUGCAGAGUUUCAAUUGUUAUGGUGAAUAAAUACUCGAAUCUAAACGAUCAGAACAUGCCAUCUGCUUAAUAAGCAGCUCUUUUCCCAGAGCUGGCGAAUAACUUGUCAUUGUUGCCCACAACUUUGGUUGUUUGGUGAAUAGCACAAAUAAAGAGGCUUUUACAAGAGUUUGCUUAUUUAUUUGUCGUAUGGACUAAGUUUAGAGCGCAGCUCCCAGGCGGCCGUUCCUACGUCGAGUGUCAGCAUCCCUCAGCAUAAACGAGCGAACGAGCACAGCAAAGGAAGAAAGAGCGAACGCAAAGUGCAGCGGCGAUGAAAGAUGGCAAGAGUGAAGAGAGCGCAAGGAACGUGCAGCGGAAGCAUGAGAAGGGGAGUGGAGUGCUGCAAGAGAUGUGCUCCAUGGCAGUGACCAGGCGUGUGGCGAGCACGUCCUCCGACACCAUAUAUGGAAACAAAGCACUGGCGUGGGCUUCAUACCCACUGCGCAUGCGCUACUUCGCCUGCACUGCCGCCACUAGAGAAUGCGCACCACACGAGCUACAUGUUCCUGCGUUCAUGCUUUCUUUCUUAACAAUGAGCGACGCAACUGGUGGAAAUGCUUUGUCUGCCACUGCUACUAAAUGAGCUACCCAAGCAGAGGCUUAGCACUGCCUUUGAUACAACCCUGUCAUUCAGAAUCAAGUUCUUUGCCACAAUAUAUAGCGGAUUCAAAACUCCUAAACGCUGCGCUCAAAAUUCACAUUAGGGAGUAUCGUAAUCGUCGGUGAAUUCGUUCACAGCUUGAAUUUGAAAGGCUGCUUUCUGACUCUCUACUGUCUUGAAGUGACUAUAUAAACAUUAUCAUAACGUAGUCGGCCAACAGAACGCUUCGGUUUUAUCAAUUCACUUAAAACUGGUGAUAGUGUGUGAAACGGAAAAGCUGGAGAGUUUCUCUUCCUCAACCAUGUCUUCUAUAGUGACAUGAGUCACAUUUAUAGCCGCAGAAUAAAUCUGGAACAUGUGCCUUCCGACUGGUUUUGUCUUCCCGGGGGGACGAUCCUACCGAAUCCGCUGAUUUCAGCAGAGGCAGGCCAAUCUUGGUUCUCGAUCUACCAUCGGACGUGGCCCACCCUUCCAAUCUGUUAUUAAAACAUUCUUGCUUUAUAAUAGAAGAGCUAAAACGUUUGCUUCGUGAGCACCCCAAACAUAGUGUUUAAAUUCACCAUUAACUAAGAUCUGCUAGGGCUAGCAGGUGGACCCGUGCAAAGUGCAAAUAAAUUAUUCUCUUAUGAUAUCUUAUACUGCAGUGCAUUACCACUGAAAAAAACGGCCCCCACUUGACGCAUGCCUGCCAGCGGCGCAGGUGGGCAUGCGUCAUCUGGGCCUGUUCUCUUUUUUCCACUGUAUGUGUAGAAGGUGCAGGAAAGCGAAAAAAACGUAAUGUUUAGAUGCUCCUUGCGGGAAUUUGGGCACCUCACGGCGAUGUAGUCCUGGCCAUGUGCGAUUUAAUUUGUAACGCAAAAUGAUUUCUACGCUAAUCUCAAGUUUGCUCUUUCUUUCUUUUUUUUUUUCCCCCAAUAGCAAUUUUAUGGACACUCCAGGCAAAUUUCCGUCGUCGGUGUUGCCGCGAUAUUCCGUAAAAAGUUUAAGUGCAAUGACAUUGUGGCCGCGCGUGCCGUAUGCAUAAGUGUGAUCGAAAGCUUGCAAGGGCAUGGUUGAUAGGUAUAGUGGCUUGAUGUGGCAGUAUCGUCUCGCACUAGCUAGGGAGGAAGGUGGGGAGGGUGCGUGCCCUAUUCUCACGGGCGCAUGUGGGGAGUGGGGGGGAGGGGGGUGAAGGUUAGUCUGCAUCUCUCCUUCUACUCCAGCUGCGGUGGCUGAGCACGGCCGCGCACAUUUUGGAGGCAAUCUGAGCUUGGUUCAAAGACCAUAGCCAACCCUAUACAGCAGACGGCUUCGAAUAAGCUAUGUUCUUGCGCGCCCACCUAGUUCGCAUUGAAGUGAGAGACAGCACGAAGAGGAAUUCACUCGCCGCUGCUGCUUUUCAUCACGUUGGCAUUCUGACAGUGAGUGUCCGUGGUCAACAAGUGAGAUGUGUCUGUGUUUGCUAGUGCAUGCGCGACAUGCUUGUUAAUUUACUUAGUAAGUGAAUGUUUACAGCAGUUUAUUCAGUUGAUAAAAUGUCUAACGUUACUUCGUAUAGUUGUCUAACAACUUGCUAUUGCAAUCAAUGCUUCGCCUGUCGAGCAACGCUAUUACUUCUUUGAAUUUCUUCUGCAAAUUCUCACGUCUAUAUUAUUCAUCGUCUAGUAAUUCUGGUUUCUCUUCUCUUUCUUUUCUUUACCUCUUCUUUUUUCAGCUUUCUGUUGUUCUCUCUCUUAGUAGACUGACUGCUAAACAAAACUUUAUACUUAUCUCUACCCUUUAGUAAACAUUCAUAUAAAUAAAAUAAAUACAUUUUAGCUUUAAUAUUAUAAUUGUAUUAUCUCCCCUUCCCCCACCUCUCUCUCUCUCUCCUUUUUUUUUUUAUUUCUUUACCGUCCGCUUGUUGGCGAACUGAAUCCCUCACUUUGGGUAUGUGCCAUUGUCUGGAACAAUCUUCGUCAUUAUUGGAGAGCUACUGAGGAACCCGACCAGCUCAGGGUUGGCGCAAUAUGUCGACGGCAGGCCGAACGAGUCGCUCGACGAGCGGCACGUCCCGGUCGCGUCCGCGCUCGCUGGUCGACCCCGCCGUCGGCCCCACGCUGGCCUCAACGUUGCGUUCGGCCGCCGACGUGACGAGCCCGAUGCCGCCUGGGGCCUCGAGCACCGUCCUCCUGCGCGGCCGGCAGCUGAGGGCCGGCACGGGUCGCGCGUCCCAGCUGACCGGGGUCUCGGUGGGUGGCGACCUGAUGGGCGACGACGACACGACCGCCGGUGGCAUCAACGCCGUCAAGCUCCUGCUCAUGGGGGGUGACGGGUGGUCCCUGCUCAUCGGCCUCGCCGUUUGGCUCUGCGGUUUCGUGCUGCUCGCCUUCGUCGUGUCGCUCGUGUACCCGCAGACGCCACACACGCCGUGCAGUCAGCCCGCCUGCCUGCGGCUGGACAGCGUCAUGGCGAGCUCCGUGAGCUCGCGCCGCCACCCUUGCGACGACUUCUUCGCGUACGUCUGCCCGGCGACCGAGACGGACCGCAGGGCGAGGGUUAUGCUCCGGGAGAACGAGUUCAACGCGGUCGUGGAGCAUGCGCUCUCGGAGGAGUCUAAGUUCCACGGCCUGGGCAAGCUACGCGACGAUUGUCUCCGCUAUCGGAGCACUGGCUCUGUGCGCACCAAGGACAUCCUACAUCUCUUACACCAUCACAUGGGCCUCCCUGGAUGGCCUCUCUCUACUCCUGCCGACUUAACACCCCAGCAGCUCUUCGAACUCAUCGCGCAGUUGGACUUCAAGUACCGCGUCGGAGCUUGGGCGCGGCUGCGCAUGGACAGCGACGGUGGUCGUGAAAUGCGGACGUUCCUCGACCCGCCGUCCGUGCUACCGCAGUGGUUCGAGGACGAGGAGGCGCUGGAGCGCUACGUCGCCCAGGCGCUGGCCAUGUUUGGCGCUUCGGCCGACGCCGCUCGCAUAAUCGUUAGGCUGGAGAGUUCCAUCCACGACCUCAACGUCGGCUCCGAAAGAAGGUACUCGUUCCUGUCCGUGGAAGCAGCGGCGCUGGCACUGGAAGGCAUUCUGCCGGCGUCUCAUUGGAUCGACGUGUUGUCCACGCGUACCGGGCUGCCCAGGACGACACCCGUGGCCUUCCACGAGGUGCUCUUCCCGCUGCUCAAGCUGCUGCUGACGUCGAGUCCGAACGCCUUCCUCUACCUCGGCUACCGAAGUCUGUCCGUGUUCGGGUUCGACGCGCACCACUCCGACUUUGCUGCGCGAGUGGACGCACCGGCCAUCUGGCUGUCGCCCGAUCAAAGGGUGGCUCACUGCCAUCAGCUUUUGUGGUCAGCAAACCCGGUUGCCCUCAACGCUGCGCUAGUGCUGCGAAAGCUGGCAGGUAGUGCGCAAGCCAAGGCAGCUCCGUUGAACGCGAGGGCCUUCUUGAACGUGGUCGCGAGUCAGCUGCCCGCACGCCUCAUCGAACACUUCCGCAUGGACCACGUGACCUUCACCGAGGCACGGAAAAAGCUCUCUGCUCUCAAGGUCUCGCUUCCCGGCGACUUGGCGUCCCUGAAGUCGCUGACGCCGAUGCUGGGCAACUCAUCCGCGUGGCAACCAGGCCGGGCGACGCCGUUCCUGCUGAACGUGCUGUCGCUGCGCGCGCUGCCCGCGUCGUUCCUGCUGGAUGCGCUGACGCGACCCGUUGAUUUGCACGAGAGUGAGGCGACGCCGUUCCUGGUCCCGCAGCGGCUCACCGAGCCCGUGCUACGGCCCCACCUGAAGGCAGUGGCCGUGCCGCUGGGCGCCCUGACGCCACCGCUCUUCCACGAGAGCUUCCCGGUAGCCGUCAAGUUCGCAGGGCUCGGUCGCGCCUUCGUCGGCGCCGCGCUCAGAGCUGUCGGUCCCGAAGGGGAGUUCCGCGACCACGAAGGGCGGCCCGGCCCGUUCAGCUGGUGGUCCGAGAAGAGCCAGGAGUCGUUCCGCAACGCCACCCGCUGCCUCGGCCUGCCCGACUCCGAGGAGCUGUGGCGCGCCGCGGUGUCGGUGCGCGUGGCCUGGGACAUCUUCAGCCUUGUGCGCCGCGCCGACGACGGAAGCACCCUCUCCACGUUCGGCCUGCCUUUCGAGAACGACGUCGGCAGGCUCUUCUUCGUCGCCUACUGCUUCUUUCUCUGCGCCAAGGAGGAGAGACCGCAGAGGCCUUCCGCGAGGGACCUGUGCAACGUGCCUCUGAGGAAUAUGGCUGAUUUCGCGAAGGCCUUCAACUGCAGCGCAACCUCCAACAUGGCGUCGUCGCCGCGCUGCUUCGACCAGGACCGACCGUCGGCGGCGUGGUGAUAUGCCGAGCGCUUUGGGCGUUCUUUCUAUCUCGACGGCGUCGAUGUAUUCUGACUGAUCUGCGUGCCAACUUAACUACACCGAGCGACCCGACAUAGGAAACGGACAGCUCCCGAUGGGGACUCAUUUCGACACUCGUGCUUAGACAGGCGCUGUGAAUGGUUUCAAAAUGUUCAUUUAUCGUGUUCGUUAGGCAUUAUUGAUCGUUGUUACUAUUACUGUU